CAAAGGUGGCUGAUGAUAUGUGGGUGCCGCUGGAGAGGUGGCUUGGAAAGAAGCCUCCAGUGGACAUGCUUCGAGUGUUCGGAUGCAUGGCAGUGUCGCAUGUCCCUAAACCGUACAGGACAAAGCUUGGAGCAUCUGCACUGUGGUGUGUGCACCUUGGGCUUGCGGCAGAGAGCAAGGGGUGGCUACUCUGGGAGCCCUCGAAGAAUGUGCUGUUUGACAGUCGGGAUGUCAAAUUUGUGGAGAACAUCAUGUAUGGCAAGUGGGAGAAGCAGCCGGAGGCAAGGGUCACCCAGCAGCUGGAAGAGAUCACUAUGCACUUCGAUGUGUCCGAACCUGAGGACAGCGAAGUCACUGCGCCAACGGCAAGCGGGACAGUACAUCAUCACCUUGGCUGAGAAGUACGCUCUGCAGGAAGAACGGGAAGUGGUCACACCUUUGCCUUCCGAGUUCAAACUCAUAAAGGCAGCUGAAGGAGAAGGAGUUGAGAGUGAAGACCAGAGGCAAUUCCAAUCCAUG